CUUUCGCAUCGCCAGAAACACAAAUGGCUGACCAGGAAGAGCUGCAGCCACUCAAAUCCCUGCAUUCACACCACCAAACUUUCAUCGACUUCGUCAACAGAUCCAGCGGCCAGGCGAGGGCAUGGUGGCUGGACUUCUCAGGAGCCCCGGUCUCUUACGGCGACAUAACACCCGGCCAUACCCUCAAAAUGAACACAUUUCUCACACAUCCGUGGAUUUUUAGAGCGUCAGACGGAUCAAGACUGCUCGCAAACUUCCGUGAGGUUUAUUUCCCCACCCCUGCUGAGUAUGGAGAUGAUGGCUACCCGCUGUUUCACACCGUAGUUGUCACCACUCCAGUUUACACUUUACAGGAAUGCUGUUUGAAACUGAUCCAAAAAUUGGUGAGAAAAAAAGACGUUGACAAACUGGAGAUUCCCGAGUUUCUAAGGAAAGACAUCCGCCUCUCUCCAGAUUUGCUGCGAGAAAUUCAGAUGCUGACAAGAAGAGCUGAUUCUGGUUCUUAUUAGUGCAGUGAAACCUGAAGACAAAGCAAAGCUCUCCUUGGGUUUAUAAAAUACUUU